AGGAAAGUUACGGAACAUCUGGUAACCGAGAGUAACAUUGUGUCCUGAGCGCUGCUUCCACCCAUCAAGUUUCAUGUUACGCCUCGCUUCACUCAUGGUAGAAGUUCGGACUCUCCUCUUGAUGGUUACUUCAGGCUCCGUGAAUUUUCUCUGUCUUCUUUGACAUGAAGGUCUCUUCGCUAUUUGGGGGAAUUAUCCUUCUACUCGCCCUCGGAAUUGAUUUCAACAAUGGGGCGAACGCAACAGAAGGCUACAACAAAAAUUCUAUAUGCAAUGAACUCUGUGAGGUCUGUGAUGAACAUUUCCCCACGAGGCUGAUAUGCUAUGAAAACCUGCUUCAGCUUAUUUGCUUAGAAAGAUUUUCCUCCAAAGUUGAAGCUCUGAACGCCAGUGAGUUGUGUGUAUGGGAUAAAAUAAAAUGGGCCUAUGAUAGCUUCACUAAAUGCACAGAGGAGAAGGCAGACUGCUUAAAGAUUCCCUGGCCUAACCAGCUGGUGGAGGACAUCUUUGUGGAAAUCCAUGCAACCCAUUUCAAAUCCUGCCCAGUCAAAGAGUUUGAUGACCCACCUCCUGAUGUCCUCCUGGCCCUAGUGAUGACCCCUAUCUGCCUCAUCCCUGCGAUGGUGAUGCUGGUGGUUGUGAAGACAAAGAACAGAAAUCAGAACUAAGGAUGAAAAGAAGCUGACAGAGCAGUUGUCUCUCACAUGCCAAACGCCCCCCCCCCCCACAUCAAAGGUCCACUGCAGUGAACUAAUAUUAACUCUCAAGAAGGAUUUUCCUAAAACGCCUAAAACAUGUCACUUCAUAUUUUGUUGGAAUAUCCAUACAUUGCUGUUUAUUUUAUUUUUAAGCAAUGGCUGGUUUAUUUGUCAUUUGCUGGCAUGUGGAUGACAGUUUUAUCCAGUUCUUGGUGAACGUUUUGCCAUAAUAUCUCUCAACCUUUUUUUUUGCCAUAAAUAUUUCUUUACAUUUUCCCAGCACAAUGGAUUUUUGGAAAACUUCAAAGUGAACACAGGAAAGAGGAGGGGUCUUUUAUUGUAAUCAUCUCUGUAUAGGAAAGAUGUUUUCAAAAGGCAAGUGAAAGAGGAGAAAUAAAAAGCUUAACUAAUUUGCAACUGAUUACAUUUCCAAUACAACCUGGAACAAAUUGACAAUAGAGGGUAAUAAGAGAAAUGCAUGUCCGCUCUUGGUCCAGGCAGUAAAAUGUGUCCUGGGUUACAAAGAGCAUCUCUCUGCUGAUGAAAAAGAUGAACUCACUCGUUGUUGGAAUUUCUCUUCAGUGACCGUAGACGGGGUUUGUAGUAAUAGCGGAUAUGAACAGAAUUCACUUUGGCAGUUGAGUCAUGGUGCUGAAUUGCCUUGAUAGGUAACAUCAGCCCAAUAUUCUGGUAUUCAUCUCAUAGACGGCUCGUCUUGGCAAAGCAACGGAAGUUUAAACAUGAAGAAGUCUCAUUAUUUCUGCGAAAGUUUACACUGCAUGACUAUGUAGCCCCCCAGGGACCAUACUGGUCUCUGGCUGAUGUUACACUGGGUGUUAUGUUUUUUUAGUUUUAUAUUUUGUUUUGUGAAUAUCCAUGUUGUGUUAACAGGUUCACAUUAGCAUUUGCAGCCUUAAGUUACCACAGAGGCACAGGGAAAUGCCUGUUUCCAAAUGCAUCUUUUUUUAUUCUCUGCGCGCAGAAUUAUUACGUGUGGUUAGUUUGUCAGGAAGGAUUAACUAUGAUCCUUUCAACAAGUACAUCUUGCUUUGGUUCCAGUUACAACAAAAAGGUUAUUUUCACAACACAAACAGCUGAACCAGAGCUUAUAGAGAACUGUGAGGAACAUUUAAUUUCAGCCAAUGUUUUAGUGGCAUUUAUAUUAUAUUUUUGUUCAAUUCAGAAAUGUGCUGCAACUUAUAUCAGAAAUUCAGUUUUAAUAACUACAAAAUAUUUUUAUAUUAUUACUGACAACUAUGCAUUGUGUGCUCUAUUCUUAAGAGAAAACUAAUCUUUUUGGAUUUUUCUUUAUAGAUCUUACUUUAUUGUUAUAAAUUGUCUACAAGUUGUGUGGUAGUCAUUUUUUUGUUUUCCGUAAAAGCCUUUUGUCUUGUGCUGUGUUAUAACUUCUGUUGAAAGAAUGGGAAGAAUGAAGUUGGCAACUACUGUGAGACUAUCCAAACACAGGUCUGAUUUUCAAGUAGCUGUGAUCUUAUUGGCCAGUGGAGAAAUGCCUGUGUCCUGAAUAAUAUUUUAGAAUGAAUCUUUGUGUGAGUGUAGAGACUGUAUCAACCUGUUUUUUCACAUCAGAUUUGUUUAUUUUCAUUAAAAUGUCUUUUCACACUGAGUGUAGGAAGAAUGGGCUAAGUUGAGGAUAUAGUCCUACCUGUUGGAUUUAAUUUCUUUUCCAUGUUGUGUAUUAACCCCAAAACACACUCAAGCGAGGUCAGAUACAUCGCUGACUUUGGGCUCUGACCCCAAACUUCACUCUCACCCGUAUAUGUUUAUGUCUCAGUGGGGAGCAAAGUGUGAUAAGAGGGAAAUAAAAGAAUUCCUGUAUCUGCGCUUGUACAAACAGUGAAUAAAGUAUUGUUAUAUAAA